AUGGAGCCGAGCCCCAACAGUUCCACAGAGGCACAGCUGCCUCAGUUCACGAUAGCAGACGUCGCGUCGCAUAACCGCAAAGACGAUAUCUGGAUCAUUGUCCACGGGAAAGUAUUUGACAUCACAGAGUAUCUCCAAGACCAUCCCGGUGGCGCUGAAGUUCUCAUCGAAACUGCAGGCACCGAUGCCACAGAGGCCUUCGAGGAUGUUGGCCAUUCCGAGGAUUCUCGGGAGAUUAUGGAGGAGUAUCUGAUCGGUACUCUUCAAGGAGCCAAAGAAUAUGUUGCGCCAAAGGCAAUCCGCCUGAUUGCUCAGAAGCCAGUUUCGGUUCCCCAGAAAUCCUCACGCGGUUUGAUUGGUGCAGUGACCGGUGUUGUGGGAGCGGCAGCAUCACUCAUCUACGCAUCUCAUCGCGGAGCCCUGGGUUCUCUGGAUUUGCAACGGCACGUCGGGAACGGCGUGUCCCAAUACUUCAGCGGAAUCCGACUGCCGCGCGGAGGGUUUGCAAUUGGUUUUCUCACGGCGACUGUCAUCUCCGCGGCAAUUGGAAGCGUUGUAGCACGGCAGGCUGCCAGGUUCCUCAAGAUCGAAUCUGGGUUUACUCGAUACCCGCUGCAUAAAAAAGCGCGCAAGGCGGUUAGGGUCGAUCCACACUCAGUCAAGGGAUUUCUUGAUCCGAAGGAGUACCAGAAUUUGCCGUUGGUUGAGAAGGAGCUCUUGUCCCCGAACGUAUAUCGGUUUGUGUUCGCAUUGCCAGAUGCCCAAGGAACUUUGGGACUCCCGAUCGGCCAGCACGUUGCCAUCCGUGCCGAGAUCGACGGCACUACGGUGACAAGAUCCUACACACCCGUGUCCAACAACCUGGACAAGGGUCGCAUCGAGUUGGUCAUCAAAUGUUACCCCGACGGAUUGCUCAGCGGCCAAUACCUGGCCAACCUACAGGUGGGCGACGAAGUGGAAUUCCGGGGGCCCAAGGGAGCCAUGCGCUACAGCCAAGGGCUCGGUACAAAGCUGGGGAUGGUGGCUGGCGGCACGGGCAUUACCCCGAUGUACCAGCUCAUCCGCGCCAUCUGCGAGGACGAGCGAGACACGACGGAGAUCAGCCUUGUCUAUGCGAAUCGCACCGAGGGCGACAUCCUGCUGCGAGAAGAGCUUGAAAGGUUUGCGCGCCUGUACCCCAAGAAUUUCAAGCUGUGGUACAUGCUAGACACGGCGUCCGAGGACUGGCAGUACGGAACAGGCUAUGUGGACCAGACCGUGCUAAGUGAGCGGCUACCAGGGCCUUCGGAGGAGACCAAAAUCAUGCUCUGUGGGCCGCCUGGCAUGAUCAAUGCGUGCAAGAAGACGUUGGCGGGAAUGGGAUUCAAGGCGCCCGGGGCAGUCUCAAAGAUGAGCGACCAGAUCUUUUGUUUCUAG